UUCUUCCGCCGGAAAAAACAGAACUCACACAGAAAACACGAAGAUGGCCGCGACGGCGAUUCUCUCUCUAACAAACUCCAACGCCGUCUUCAACGGAUUUUAUAAUCGUACAUUUCUUUGCCGGAACGUCGUAGCAGCUAAACCCAGCUCGAGAUAUCUUCCUUCUUCUUCUUCUUCUUCUCCGAUGAAGCCUUCGACUCUUUCUUCUAGAUUCUCUCCUUCUUUAAUUUUACCAAAUAAAUCCUUUAAAUCUUCAGUAUUUAAGAGAUUUGAUACUCUCAUGGAGUGGCAAGAAUGCAAAGUAAAGAUGAAGGUUGAAGUGCCUGUAUCAGUUGCUUAUGGACUCUAUUCGCAGCGGGAAUCAAUUCCUCGUUGGAUGACAUUCAUAUCAUCCGUAAAGGUAUUGAAGGACAAACCUGAUUUAUCUCGAUGGACCUUGAAAUAUAAAGCAUUUGGUCAGAAUCUUGAGUACGCCUGGCUUGCUAAGAAUUUGCAGCCUCUCCCGAACCAGAAAAUACACUGGAUUUCUCUAGAAGGCCUACCUAACAGGGGCACUGUCCGCUUUUUCCCGUUAGGACCUUCAUCAUGUGAAGUAGAACUAACCUUUGCAUAUGAAGUUCCACUGCUACUUAUACCAUUUGCAGCAGCGCUUCAACCCCUAAUGCAAGGAUUGAUCAAGAAUAGUUUGGAGCAAUUCGCAGAGAUAGCAAAAAGUACAAAGACCACUUAGUUAAAACUACACAACGCAAAACUUAUACACAACACACAUCAUACCCUUGUUCUUAUACAGGAGUUUGCACAGAGAAUCAUUGGUGUGACAAUUGCCAAAUUAUUUUUUUUUUAAAUCUCAUACAGAGAAUUGUUUAUUACAUGUAAUCACAACAUUUUACUCUUUCGACUAAAACUCUGAGUUUAUUUAUGUUAGCCGGAAAAUAAGUAAUAAAGCAAAUUUGUUAAAUCA